UCGGCUUCCGCCUCCGCACGGCUGCAGUCGCCGCGGGUCCACUCCGGGGUGGACCCGAGAGCUGUGCUCGCCACGCUUGGCUGCCUGGUUUUCGCUAGUUUUCUUCCGCUCUGAACCCUGGUCUGUUUGCAUUGGGUGUUUUUCACCAAGUCGGAGAACGGUGCCUUGUCAUUUUUCACCUUUCUCACCGGACUUUCUCUUUUCCGGAGAGCCGGGUUGGUGGUGCUGCCUGUGUAUUCCACGAACCUAAGUAAGCCCUGUCCCCAGCCCUUGCAGUGUUUCUGUGUCAACUCCACGCCAGCGCGCUUCUCCACUUUUUCUUAGCCUUUUAAUUUGGACAGGGUCGGAUUUCAGUUGCAAAGCAGAGUGCACAGCUUUAGACACAAAAUAACUGCAGUUGAAAUGGAUACACAUUCUCGUGGUAUAGCUGCGGACCAACUGUAUAUGAUCAUGCGCACCUUGGCCAUGCUUGCUCGUAUGUUAGAUUUGAUAUCAUUCGAAGGAUCCUAACCAAGGUUUUUGGAUGCAACAUAGUCAUGGUGAUGGGUAUUACAGAUGUAGAUGAUAAAAUCAUCAAAAGAGCCAAUGAGAUGAAUAUUUCCCCCGCUUCCCUCGCCAGUCUUUAUGAGGAAGACUUCAAGCAGGACAUGGCAGCCCUGAAGGUUCUCCCACCCGCGGUGUACUUGAGGGUAACCGAAAAUAUUCCUCAGAUAAUUUCUUUCAUUGAAGGAAUCAUUGCUCGUGGGCACGCUUAUUCAACGGCAAAAGGCAAUGUCUACUUCGAUCUGAAGUCUAGAGGAGACAAGUAUGGCAAACUGGUCGGCGUGGUCCCUGGUCCAGUCGGAGAGCCAGCGGACUCUGACAAGCGUCAUGCCAGUGACUUUGCCCUGUGGAAGGCAGCCAAACCCCAGGAGGUGUUCUGGGCCUCUCCCUGGGGACCCGGGAGGCCGGGCUGGCACAUCGAGUGCUCUGCCAUCGCUAGUAUGGUAUUUGGAAGUCAACUGGAUAUCCAUUCAGGUGGGAUAGAUUUAGCUUUUCCACAUCAUGAAAACGAAAUUGCACAGUGUGAAGUCUUUCAUCAGUGCGAGCAGUGGGGAAAUUAUUUUCUGCAUUCUGGGCAUUUGCACGUGAAAGGCAAAGAAGAAAAAAUGUCCAAAUCGUUAAAAAACUACAUUACUAUUAAGGACUUUCUGAAGACCUUUUCCCCUGACGUCUUCCGGUUCUUCUGCCUGCGGAGCAGCUACCGCUCAGCCAUCGACUACAGUGACAGCGCCAUGCUCCAUGCCCAGCAGCAGCUCCUGGCGCUGGGCUCUUUCCUGGAGGACGCACGUGCCUACAUGAAGGGGCAGCUGGCCUGCGGUUCUGUCAGAGAAGUGAUGCUGUGGGAGAGGCUCGCCAGCACCAGGAGCGCCGUGAAGGAGGCCCUGGCAGAUGACUUUGACACACCCAGGGUAGUUGAUGCCAUCCUGGGCCUUGCGCACCACGGGAACGGACAGCUCAGGGCGGCCUCGAAGGAACCUGGAGUGCCGAGAAGUCCUGCUGUGUUUGGUGCCAUCAUCUCUUACUUUGAACAGUUUUUUGAAACUGUUGGAAUUUCUCUGGGCAAUCAACAGUGUGUUUCAGGAGACGGCAGCGAGGCCACCUUGCGUGGUGUGGUGGAGGAGCUGGUGCGGUUCCGGCAGAAGGUCCGGCAGUUUGCGCUGGCCAAGGCCGAGGCCACGGGGGAGGCCCGACGGCAGCAGCUCCUAGAGAGGCAGCCCCUGCUGGAGGCAUGCGACACCCUGCGCCAGGACCUGACUGCCCAUGGCAUCAGCAUCAAGGUGAGUGCUGCACCCAGGUCAGGGACAUCACCUCAGGAGCUAGGCAGAUCAACAGGUGUCACACAGACAUGGAGCCAUCGGAGGCCCAGACAUCCCCCGUGACCAUGCUUGUUUUUCUUUUUUUUGAGACAGUUUUACUCUCGUCACCCAGGCUGGAGUGCAAUGGCACGAACUCGGCUCACUGCAACCUGUGCCUCCCAGGUUCAAGCGAUUCUCCUGCCUCAGCCUCCCGAGUAGCUGGGAUUACAGGCGUGCGCCACCACGCCCGGCUAAUGUUUUUUAGAGAGAUGGGUUUUCUCCAUGUUGGUCAGGCUGUUCUCAAACUCCUGACCUCAGGUGAUCCUCCUGCCUCAGCCUCCCAAAGUGCUGGGAUGACAGGUGUGAGCCACCGUACCUGGCCCAUGCUUCUUUCUGAGAAACCCAUCCCUGUGAUAAAUGAGGUGGGAGGGCCGUGACGGAGGGGCCAAGUUGGCUGGAGGGGACGCUGAGCACGGGCACGUGGGUCCUGCUCAGCCCCCGCCACCUCCUACAGGUGCUGCACAGUUCCUGGCCUUCUGCUGGAGGCAGUGGGGCCCUUUCUAAGCGCCCGGCCAGCUUUUUAGGACAGGCCGGUGAGGGAACAGGCAUCCUGAACCUGGUCACGCUCGUCAGCCCCCUGUGCCACGUGACGUGGUGUCUGCUCAGAGUUGGACCUCACUUUUCUUCUCCAGGACAGAAACAGUACAACGUCCACGUGGGAACUGCUGGAUCAAAGGACAAAAGACCAAAAACCAGUGGGCUGAGGAUGCAGCACAGCCAUGAACCUGCUCACGACAAGAUGCACCUGUGCUUUAUGUUAAAGGCUUUAUGUUAAAGCUUCCUGUCGGGGCUGCUAGAUCAGCAUUAAAGUAAGGGAACCAACAGUG